AUGAUAAAUUUAUCAUAUGAAAGUGAUCAUAAAAUAGGAGUCCAAAGAAUAUCCAGUUCAUAAAUGCCUAAAUCUUUACAUUCUCCUUCAGAUCUUAAACCACCAACUAUUAAUUCAUCUCUUUUGAGUAAUGUAAAUCCAUUUUCGGAUCCUGUAAAAUGAUAUUUCAUUGUUAGAGCAUUCAUAGAUAAAGUGAUCCAUAACGACCAAGUCAUCUAUUAAAUGGAGACACACCUGAAGUUAGACUUAUAGAUGAAACAGAUACUAAAAGAAUGAAAAAAAGUAAUUUUAAUAGGUUUAAGAAGUUUGUAUUUUCAUAACCUAAUAUGGGUAAAGAUAUUUUAGAUAAAAAAUUCAUUCAUAAAUUCAUAGGUGUUCUCAAACAAAAAGCGUAUAUUUAUAAUGACUACUUUUUUAAUUCAUUAUAAAAACAAAUUUUAACUGAAAAAUACAUGACAAUGCCUAAUAAUACACUUAUAAAUAAUAGAAAUCUAAUAAUAUUAGAUUUUUUAUUUUAUUUUAUUUGGGAUUUGGUCACUUUAUUAUAAACUAUCAUUUUACUAUUUUGGUUAAUCUUUAAAAUUGCAUUUCAAUCAUAAAAUCAAUAAUUAACAUAAAUUAUAUUCAUUUUAUUUAUUGUACUCGAUAUAUUUAUUUGUUUAAUUUCCCCAUAUAUUUAAAAAGGAUACAUGAUAAUUAACAAAUUCGAUGUUAAACGACAUUAAAUUCCUUGUAAUAUACUUGUUAAUAUAAUAUAUUCAGUUUCAACUACGGUAUUGCUAUUAUAAAAUAAUAACGAUGAAAUUUUACUCAUUUUAUAUGCCUUAUAAUUUAUUUCAUCAUUUGUAAAAUUAAAUUCAAUCCUUAAUAAAUUAUAAGAUUUUACCUCCUUAAAUUUUGAACUAAUUAUAAAUAUUGGAUAAUUAUUGUAUUUAUUACAUUUAAGUUCAUGUUUAUGGCAUAUAAUUGGAAUAAAUGAUGAAAAAUCAUGGAUUUAUCAAUAUAAUUUAGAUGAAUCAGAUAAAAUGACUAAAUACUGUCAUUCAUUCUAUUAUUCAAUAUCCUUAUUAUUUAAUGUAGGUUCAAGUAAUAUCAUCAUUACUACAAAUAAUGAAUUACUUUUUUCGAGUAUUUUAACAUUUCUUUCUAUUUGGAUUUGUAGUUUAAUACUAUUAUAAUUAAAUUCACAUUUAAGAAACUAUUAUAAAUAAUAACUUAAUUUAUUGUAUUUAUUUUAUUAAUAUUUAGUAAGGAAAUGGAAAUUAUAAAUGCAUUUUUAAAUAGAAGAAAAGUUCCUUUGUUAAUGAAAGCUAAAGUAAGAAAUUACAUAAAAUACAUGUUUUACAAUAAAAAGAAUGAUUAUGAGGUAUUUUAUAACAUGGUAAACUUAGAUAAGAUUUAAAAUAUUCUUUAAUCAUUAAGACCAGAUCUAAAAGAAGAAUUAAUAUUAUAAAUGAGAUCGAAAGCCUUGUCUUCUUGUAAAUUAUUACAAAAAUUCUCCAAAGAUUCACUAUAAGAAUUAACCAAAUAUAUGGAACAUAUUCACUAUAAACCUAAUGAAAUUAUUUCAUAACAAGAUUAAUCAUUAUAUUUGAUUGACUCAGGAGAAAUUGAAGUAUAAGAAUAUGAUUAGACUUUGUUAACUUUAAAAUAAGGAGACUACUUUGGAGAAAUUGCAUUUUUUACUGAUUUUUCAAAUAAAACAAUUUUUAAGACAUCAGAAUUUACUUAGCUAUAUAAAAUUAAUUAAUCUAAUUUCUUACAAAUUAUAUCUUCAAAUAAAGUGGAUCAUGAAAGAUUUAUCUACAUCAAACAUUCUCUUAUAUAUGGAUAUUUUAAAGUUAUCAAUUUGAAAUGUUAUUCUUGCAAUUCAUAAAAUCAUUUAAUUAAUUCUUGUCCCUUUUUGAAUUAUAAACCAGAUAUAGAAAAAAUCUUUAAAAAAGAUAAUUUUCAUUAAUAAAAUAGAGCUACAUUUAUUAGAGAUAAAAAUUUUGAUUAGAGAGAUUAAAAUAGAAUUUUUAAAAGGAUUUUUGUAAAAAUAUGAAUAAAUUUAGAUUAAUUUUGAUGCUUUGAAAAUGUUUAGAUUGAAAUAUGAUCUUAUUGAUUAAGAUGAAUAUGAUCCAAGAAGUAAUGAAAUAAUUGAAACUGAAGAUAUAGAAUCUGAUUCUGAUUCAGGUGAAUCUUAUGAACAAUAUCAAUCAGAUCAAAUACUCUCUGACAAUAGGUUUAUUGACAAAUAAGAUGGGUAAUUAUUUAUCCUAGAAUUAGUACAAUUGUGAGUAUUAUUAAGUAAUAAGAUUAAUUGAGAGAUAAUUCUAAAAUAUUAUUGGAGGUCGAUGAUAAUGUUGAGGAAAUGUUUAUAAUUAGACCAAAUAAUUAAAAAACAACAGNUUUAUUUUAUUAAUAUUUAGUAAGGAAAUGGAAAUUAUAAAUGCAUUUUUAAAUAGAAGAAAAGUUCCUUUGUUAAUGAAAGCUAAAGUAAGAAAUUACAUAAAAUACAUGUUUUACAAUAAAAAGAAUGAUUAUGAGGUAUUUUAUAACAUGGUAAACUUAGAUAAGAUUUAAAAUAUUCUUUAAUCAUUAAGACCAGAUCUAAAAGAAGAAUUAAUAUUAUAAAUGAGAUCGAAAGCCUUGUCUUCUUGUAAAUUAUUACAAAAAUUCUCCAAAGAUUCACUAUAAGAAUUAACCAAAUAUAUGGAACAUAUUCACUAUAAACCUAAUGAAAUUAUUUCAUAACAAGAUUAAUCAUUAUAUUUGAUUGACUCAGGAGAAAUUGAAGUAUAAGAAUAUGAUUAGACUUUGUUAACUUUAAAAUAAGGAGACUACUUUGGAGAAAUUGCAUUUUUUACUGAUUUUUCAAAUAAAACAAUUUUUAAGACAUCAGAAUUUACUUAGCUAUAUAAAAUUAAUUAAUCUAAUUUCUUACAAAUUAUAUCUUCAAAUAAAGUGGAUCAUGAAAGAUUUAUCUACAUCAAACAUUCUCUUAUAUAUGGAUAUUUUAAAGUUAUCAAUUUGAAAUGUUAUUCUUGCAAUUCAUAAAAUCAUUUAAUUAAUUCUUGUCCCUUUUUGAAUUAUAAACCAGAUAUAGAAAAAAUCUUUAAAAAAGAUAAUUUUCAUUAAUAAAAUAGAGCUACAUUUAUUAGAGAUAAAAAUUUUGAUUAGAGAGAUUAAAAUAGAAUUUUUAAAAGGAUUUUUGUAAAAAUAUGAAUAAAUUUAGAUUAAUUUUGAUGCUUUGAAAAUGUUUAGAUUGAAAUAUGAUCUUAUUGAUUAAGAUGAAUAUGAUCCAAGAAGUAAUGAAAUAAUUGAAACUGAAGAUAUAGAAUCUGAUUCUGAUUCAGGUGAAUCUUAUGAACAAUAUCAAUCAGAUCAAAUACUCUCUGACAAUAGGUUUAUUGACAAAUAAGAUGGGUAAUUAUUUAUCCUAGAAUUAGUACAAUUGUGAGUAUUAUUAAGUAAUAAGAUUAAUUGAGAGAUAAUUCUAAAAUAUUAUUGGAGGUCGAUGAUAAUGUUGAGGAAAUGUUUAUAAUUAGACCAAAUAAUUAAAAAACAACAGUAAAUACUGCUUAAUUCUAAUUUGAUUAGUAAUAACAAUACUAAUAUUAAUAAUAAUAAUAGUAAUAAUAAUAAUAGUAAUAAUAAUAAUAAUAAUAAUAAUAAUAAUAAUAAUAAUAAUAAUAAUAAUAAUAAUAAUAUUAACAAUCGUAAUCAUAAUAAUAAUAGUUAUAGUAAUAAUAAUUAUUAUAAUAAUAAUUGUAAUAAUAAGCAACACAAGCAUCAUAUAGAUUUUCAUUAAUGCCAAUAGAUCCGAAGAUUAGAAAAUAAUCAUCUUCACAAUUAGAAUAAGUAUCAUCUUAAAAUAUAGCAACUGAAGGAUAGAUUCCGUCAGUAAAGGGAUCAAAACAUAAUUCCCAAAUUGCUUUUAAAGGUGAAUAUAGUGAUAAAUUAAAAUUUGGAUCCUAAAAUAAAAUAUCAAGUUACAUUAGUCUUGAUAAUAAGGUUAAAAGGAAUUUGUCAAGAAUAAGAGAGGAAGAUUCUGAUACUUUGAAUUUAUCAAAUCGUUAUAAUUCAGAGGAAUAACAAAGUUCAUAAAACAUGAAAUACUUUUAUAGAUAGAGUCAAAAUUCAUUGCCUUCAAGAAACACUUAUUUGAGGCCCUCAAUGAAAAGAAUUUCAUCUAAAAUAUCAUCAAUAAAUUUAAUACCUGGAACUAGAACAUAUAAUAAAACAAAUAAUCCAUUUACAAGAUCUUUUGUAAACUUUCCUACAACAGCAGGAAUGGUGGAUUUAAGUAUGUACAAAAGAGAGGAUUUAAAACCUGAAGAUUUUGAGACAAUGUUUGUUUAUAAAAUAUAUUUUCCUUUAGGAAAUUAUCCAAACAUAAUUUAGAGAUUGAAUUUUUAUUUAAAAUGGAAAUUGUAGGAAUUUGUUUAAUCUAAAUAUACAUUUUAAUAUAAAGUGAAAUAGUUAACAUAGAAACACAGUCUAUUGUAGAUGAAUCCUGAUUUGUUGAAUAUUAAAAGUUAAUCGAAAGCAAUAUUUGAAUGA